CUUUCGGGGAACAUUCCGGCGGCUCUUGGGUUGUUGACUAAUCUUCGAGUUCUCAACAUGGCUGAAAACCAUCUCAGUGGAAAUGUGCCUAAGAGAAAUAGGGAACUUAUCAGCCCUUCAAAAGUUAGCUCUGGGGUGGAAUAAUCUUACAGGGAAUAUAUGGAGUGAAUUUGGGAACUUAUCAUCACUACAACAAUUAACACUUCUUUGGAACAACUUUACUGCUACUAUUCCUGCUUCAAUUGCCAAUCUGUCAAACUUGGAGAUGUUUGACAUUGGGCAUAACACUAUCAAUGGAGACAUUCCUUCUGAAUUUGGGCACCUCUCAACUCUGAAAGAAAUUUAUCUUAAUUUCAAUACUUUUAAGGGUGAAUUCCCAAUACCACUGUUGAACAUAUCAGGCUUGCAGACGAUUGCUCUUGUAGGCAACACCUUUUCUGGGAAUCUUCCACCUGACUUAGCUUACAGGCUUCCGAAUAUCGAAGGCCUUUUUCUAGCUAUCAACAACUUCAGUGGAAGCAUUCCUCCCUCUAUCUCAAAUGCCUCCAAACUUGCAUAUUUGGAUCUUGGAAGAAAUUUCUUGAGUGGAUAUAUCCCUGCAACUUUGGGAAAUUUAGAUCAGCUUUUGUUCCUCAACUUGCAGUUUAAUCGAUUGGGAAAUGAUCCAUCAAGCCCUGAGCUUGGCUUCCUUUCUUCCCUGAUGAAAUUGAAGCAACUUCAUACUCUACAGUUAGGAGGCAAUCCAUUGAAUGGAACUUUCCCAAGAUCCUUACCUGAUGGUAAUCUAUCUAUAUCUCUUAUAACAUUUCUUGAAUAUCACCAUUUUAUUAUACAAUACUAUGUCACCAUUUGUUAA